UCUAACGUAGCACCACGCCAUAAUGAUAACGCGAAAUGGUAAUUUUAGAAUUGAUAUUCCGAUGUGAUAUGCGGUAAUCACCUAACAUAAGUCAUUCAUUAUUAUAAGGCACCCGAGGACGUUUGAUGUCAAUGUGCGGACUGUGAUAAAAUGUCUUCCAAGAAAAUACUGUCCUUCGUUUACGGAACGCUCAAACGUGGCCAGCCGAAUCAUUACAGACUGGGCGAGGAAUAUGGGACGAGUGUUCUAGUCGGCUCCGCGAGGACUGUGCAACAGUUACCACUGGUCAUUGCAUCCAAAUACAACAUCCCAUUUCUGCUCUACGCAGCAGGGAAAGGAACGAAUGUCGUUGGCGAAAUCUAUGAAAUUGAUGAGAAGAUGCUGGAGAAUCUGGAUGAGUUUGAAUGUCAUCCCACGUUCUAUGAGAGAGAUAUUGUCAUGGUGAUACAGACUCAUGAUGCCCAAGAUAAAGAACUGAAGGAGCCGAUUAAAGUGGAGUGCUACUGCUACUACCUGAAGAAAUACAAACCAGAGCUGCUGGACGGACCAGUGUUUGAGAAUUACGAGGCUUUCGGUUCUCAUGGGCAUCAUUACGUCAUCAGGUGUGAAGAAGAUAGACAGGCUAAUAACGGUUAUCAUCCAGCAAUGGAUGUAGUCGCUGCUUAGUGAUCAGUUUAUUUUUUACAUAAGGCCCAAACAAAAUAAAUUUCUAGUCUGGUAUGCACACGCAUCAAUUUUGACCCUUGCAUGUCAACAUUUAAAAAAAUAAUUCUAUAAUACUACUCAAAAAAAAAAAAUUGAAAAGUUUCAAAACGAGUAAUGAUUCACCAUAUAACUGAUUGGCAAUUUGCAAGCAUUUAAAUUUGUUUAUCCGACAUAACAGAGCAACAAUUCACAUGAAAUAUUGUCUGUGCAAAAUGUAGGAUACCAUUUAAAUGAUGAACAUAUCUGUUACACAAAAAAGAAAUGGGUUACCUAAAUUUAUCUUAUAAAUUUAAUUGCACAAAAUUGACAUGCGCAUUAGGCAUGCUGUGCAUAUAAAGUGUGAAUAGCAUACAUGUGCAAUUGACAGAACACCUUGAGAAUAUAAAAGCAUUUUGACAUUUGACAUGCCAAAGAAUUUAUUUUUUUCAGUAUCAUGCUAUGCAAACUUCUAUGUUUUUGGGCUGGGUCUUUCUAAACAUAGAGCUGAAAACUUAUUGCAGACACUGUAUGUAUUUUUCAGAGAUUUAUCCAGGUGUUCUGUGGGUCCAAACAUAGGCUUCUUCCCAUAAGGAAGUGGCACUGAAAAUUCCAAAUAUAUAUAUAUAUAUAUUUAAUUAUGCAUGUUAUAAUACAUUAAUGUAAGUUGUAACAGUGGUGUAUUGCAUCAUUCAGUGGCCUGACAAAAUAUCACAAAUACAACACGUGUAUGAUUUACUCCAGCUAAUUUUUCCAAUCCCAUCAGAAAUGGGACCCCAGCAAAAACAUCCUGGAUACAUCCCUGUUUUUAAAAUCUGGAAGUCGUUGGCUUAUUGGAAUGAACUGAAUUAUCUGGACAUAAUUAUUCUGUAGACGUAUGUUUUAACAAUUGUUAUUCAAUGUUAUGGUAAAAAUGAAUCAUAUUUAAUUAGAUUAUAUUAUUCUGGGACUAAAUCCAAAUCUAUCUUGUAGUUUUAACUCCCAACAACAUUAGCACAUAAUAAUAAUUAAAUAACAAUGGAAUUUUCCAUUACUACAGGGAUUAUUCCAAAGGUUAGUUAAUUGAUUGUCGUUGUUGGUAUUGUUUUAAAUUUAAGUGAUUUGCAUGAAAUAAUAACAGAUCAGAUCUAGUCUUGACACCACUACAUACAUGAUGACAUAACUUUCCAAAUAUUACUGUAAUAAACAAUAAGUACAUAUUUAUGCUUUGUAAUAUGAUAAAGUACAUUGUAUAUUUAGGUAAAAUGUUUUUUUUCUUUCACAGAUUUAUUAGUAGCCUACCACUGUAGCAUUUACAAUAUAUCCAAAUUAAAUGCACAAGCACACGCACACGUACAUACACACAUUAUUACACUGAGGCAGAAAAUAUUAAUUUUUAGGCUAUUGUCCAUUUGCAACAAAAGGAAAUUGAUGAAUUGGCAUGUAACUUCAUAGUGAAUAAAGAUAAAAUUCAUAUAAAAAAACUAAAAAUUGGUGGGAAAAAGUUAUGGGUAAACUUUAAAAAAAUUCUUUACAAAUUACCAUCAAACUGCAUAGGUUAAAUUUUCUUUUGUGAUACAGGUUUUAAGGCAAUUAAUUGAUAGAAAAUCCAAGGAAACUGAACAAUAAAACCGUAAUACAUGAUCAGGGUUGUAUCUCUGCACAAUGCAGUCAGAUGGCCAUUUGGCAAAAUAGUGUAUGAUUCCAUGGAUCUCUGUCUAGUGCCUUGUCUAUAGGACAGCCACUCCUGAGGAAAUCUUUUACUGUAGAUUUCACCACUCUUGCAUAGCAGGGCACAAUAUUUCACGCAAACCGCCGUUCUGUUCGCAUGUCGGUUACGCAAAAUUAAAUUUACGCGAACCGCAAAUUGGUUACAUCAUGACCUGUAGACAUUCAGACAUUAAAACUUGCAAACUUCACGAUUACAGUUUAUUCACACAGACAUAGUACUAGUAUUCCGAAAAAAAAAUUAGGCUGAAUUUUAGAUACUUGAUGCGCAGCAAACCAGUAAACAACAUUAUAUUGCAACAGUUGUAACUUGCUACCAGUCUAGCAUAUGUGUCUACACCCUGUAUUAAAAAUCAUAUUUAAUCUAUAGAAUUUAAUGGUAAUUUGUAAAGAUACAUCUUUAUAUAUAGGUAUACUGGAUUUCUUCUUUUUUCAAAAGAUGUUAUUUGAGUUAGUAUGGUUUUAAACUUAAUAACAUGUUUUUAUAUGAAUUUUAAUUUUAUUCAUUAUGAAGUUACAUGCCAAUUCAUCGGUUUACUGUUGUGAAACAGACUAUAUAGUGUGAACACAUGGUUAUUAUUCAACAAAGAACAACCUAGUUUUGAUUUUGGCUUUGGGUAGUUAUGUGAUUAAUGUCUAGCAUAUGUGUCUAGCAUAUGUGUCUACACCCUGUAUUAAAAAUCAGAUUUAAUCUAUAGAAUUUAAUGGUAAUUUGUAAAGAUACAUCUUUAUAUAUAGGUAUACUGGAUUUCUUCUUUUUUCAAAAGAUGUUAUUUGAGUUAGUAUGGUUUUAAACUUAAUAACAUGUUUUUAUAUGAAUUUUAAUUUUAUUCAUUAUGAAGUUACAUGCCAAUUCAUCGGUUUACUGUUGUGAAACAGACUAUAUAGUGUGAACACAUGGUUAUUAUUCAACAAAGAACAACCUAGUUUUGAUUUUGGCUUUGGGUAGUUAUGUGAUUAAUGUUAACCAGUGAUUGUAGAUUUAAUAUUCAUCUUUACAAAUCUCAAACUAGGCAUUAUGUUUUGCAUGUAAUUUCAAUAUUUGGCAACUUAAGAUUGAAUAUUUAUGUGAUUAAUGUUAACCAGUGAUUGUAGAUUUAAUAUUCUUGUUUACAGGUCUUUAACUAGGCAUUAUAUUUUGCAUGUAAUUUCAAUAUUUGGUAACUUAAAAAUGAAUAUUUAUGUGAUUAAUGUUAACCAGUGAUUGUAAAUUUAAUAUUCAUGUUUACAGGUCUUUAAUUAGGCAUUAUGUUUUGCAUGUAAUUUCAAUAUUUGGCAACGUAAGAAUGAAUAUUUAAGUGAUUAAUGUUAAUCAGUGAUUGUAGACAUAAUAUUUAGGAGAUAACCAUAUGGAGUUUUUAGAUUUGCUGGUGUUAUUGUCUAUUUGAUCCCGGAAAUGUCAUUUUUGACUGAAGGCAACUUAAGAAUGAGUAUUUAUGUGAUUAAUGUUAAUCGUUGAUAUUACUUUGCACAUAUUUUUUACAUUUAAAUAAAGGAUUAGUACUGUAUUCAUUUAAGCCAUACUAGUGAUGACAUGUUUCUUAUCAGUUUAGUAUUUAGUCCAGUAAAAGUUAAUAUUCAGGGAACUAACUUGUGUUCUAUCAAUUUAUUAUAAAUGUAUUAUAUAUACAUGUAUAUAGUGAAACCUCUCAAGACUGGACCUUCUGAAAACCGGAAUUCUCUAAAAACCGGACAUUUUACCCAGUCCCGGAUCCCUCUUAAAACCGAACAUGUGUCUUGGUCCCAAGGGUGUCCGGUUUGGAGGGGUUUCACUAUAUAUGUAUAUAUAUGU